AAUGAACAAUUAGAGUUAUCAAAUAAAUAAUUUUUUAGCACCAGUUAGAAUCAUGGAGAUGUUGAAAUUCUCAUUAAAAAAAGAAUGGAUAUAAAUCAAAAUUGAUAACAAUAAGAAAAUAUAUUCACGAUUCAUGCGUAAAGGAAGAUAAGACUAGAAGUAAUUCUGUUCAGAUUUAGCAAAACUAUUGAAUUGA